GGCCGCGGCCGCCUCCCCCGGCAGUCCACGAGGUGCCACCGAGUAGUGUGGACGUACGUCUCCCGGCAUUCGCGAACACGAUUUCACUCGAAAACCGGUCCGAUGCGUCGCGUUGUGUUUUAGUUGAGUGACGCUAUGAGUGCGUGGACCGAGGACGUUCUCUCCUGGCGGGAGGAGAGGCUCGGCAUCACCGAAUUGACGGGCUCGGCGAGAAGGAAGCAGCGGACGGCGCCGUACAGAUUGCAUCGGCCGCAUUUACCCGUGGCUCAUACGGAGCUUGUGCCGGAGCCCGUGGGCACGCACAUAUCAAGACUAUACCCGGAACUACUGGCUUUAAUAUUCGAGCGACUGCCCGUGAGAGACAGAGGCCGAGCGGCCCAGGUGUGUCGAGCGUGGAGAGAUGCCGCCGACCGUCGUUCUGUGUGGCGAGGUGUAGAAGCAGCUCUUCAUCUGCGAAGACCGGCGCCUGUGCUCUUCGCAUCUCUAGCGAGGCGCGGCGUGAGACGUCUACAAGUUCUAUCGCUCCGACGAGGACUGCGAGACGCGGUUUCUGCGUUACCCGGUUUAGAAUCACUGUCACUAAGCGGUUGCUAUAGUGUCACCGAUGCGGCGCUGGCUAGCGCUUUCGCGGCCGAGUUGCCAGCGUUAAAACGAUUAGACCUUUCGCUAUGCAAGCAGGUGACGGAUUCCUCUUUGGGAAGGAUUGCGCAGUCUUUGAAAAACCUAGAGGAGCUCGAGUUGGGCGGCUGCUGUAACGUGACAGACACUGGGCUGCUUCUGAUAGCCUGGGGACUGCGCAAACUGCGCCGCUUAAACCUAAGGUCGUGUUGGCACGUCAACGAUGCCGGCAUAGCUCACCUUUGCGGCGGCGGGGAGGCGAGAGGCACUCCAGAUCUGGAGUAUCUAGGACUACAAGACUGUCAGAGGUUGACCGACGAGGCAUUGAAGCACGCAGCAUCCGGUCUUCCGAAAUUAAAGUCUAUCAAUCUGUCGUUUUGCGUCGCAGUCACCGAUGCCGGACUAAGACAUCUGGCGAGGCUUCCACAUCUAGAGGACAUCAAUUUGAGAGCUUGCGAAGGAGUGUCCGACACGGGAGUAGCGCAUUUAGCUGAGAGUGGACGAUUAAAGUCAUUGGACGUCUCGUUUUGCGACAAAGUCGGCGACGAGGCGCUAUUGCAUGCGACUCUAGGCCUAUCUGGCCUUCGUUCCUUGUCGCUGAGCGCUUGCAGGAUAUCCGAUGAGGGUUUGGAACGAGUGGCAAGGCUAUCGCAACUGGAAACUCUGAACAUAGGGCAGUGCCACAGAGUCACCGAUAGAGGACUCCGUGCGUUAGGCGACGGCCUGCAGAACCUGAAGGCCAUAGACUUAUACGGAUGCACGUGUAUUACGCCUCAAGGAUUGGACCAUAUCGUAAAACUACCGUGUCUCAGUGUACUUAACCUCGGUCUAUGGCAUGUGCGGUGACCACAUACGCGCUAGUCUGUGUUAAAACGUUUGUCUGUAAGUGUGUCCGCCAUCUUGGAAGUGAAGGAGCCGCCAAGGUUGUAUAUUGGACAGUGAAUAAAUGAAUUAACCAAUUUUUUUAAGAUAUUAACAAUCGAAUUAUAUUUAGGAAACGGGGUUACUUUCUUUUUUAAAUGAUACGACUUUUGUUAUGCAUCUGACAUUGUUAAGUUGAUAUUCCAUUCUGUGAUUUUUGAUUGUCCGUGUUUUUUUUUUAUUUGUUGUGUUUGAGGAAAGUUGCCCCAAGGCCUAGUCGCUACGUUAAUUCAGACCUUUUUGAUUGUAUUUUUUCUAUUAACAACGUUAUGAAAAAUAUUUACAUGUAAUAACGACAUUAAAACUAUUACAAAAGGUCUGGUUUUACACGUAAUUGCUCCAUUAGUUAGAUAUUUAGCCAUUCUUCUAAUUGUUUUUAAUUCGACCUCUUGC